CAUCUUUUGAAAUCCCAACCAAGAGGACAAAGGGGGCAAAACAUUGGCAGUACAAGGUGAAAAACCUUGCUAAAUGCGGCAGUGAAUGGAUGAACUGACUAGUGGUUAGGCACUAAGCUGGGCCUAUAAAAGGCUGACUCUUUCAUUCACCUCCUUCUCUACCUGAUCAAGUCCAGCCCUCCCAGGAUCUCUCCAGUGAUCCAGCCAACCAGAAGAAAGAUGUCUCUUAGUCCAUUGUGGACAGGGAUGAUCCUGCUUGGGACCUUAAAGAAUCAUUUACAGGAUUCUGCACCAACCCUGUCAAAAAUUCCUCUGCAGUCAGAUUUCCAAGCAAAGAAGUUCCAAGGGAAAUGGUACGUCAUCGGCCUGGCAGGGAGAAACAUCAAGACUGAAGGCCUGGGCCACACUAAGAUGUAUGCUACCAUAUACCAGCUACAAGCAGACCACAGCUACAGAGUCAUCUCCAAUCUGAUCAAGGGUGAGUCCUGUGAUAUUGGAUUCAGGACUUUUGUCCCAAAGGGUAUACAAGGUCAAUUUGCCUUGGACAACUUGAAAGGUAAGUGUGGGGACCUCUCACUCAGACAAGUUGCUUAG